AUGCGCAAACCGGAUGUAGCUCCCUAUUCUUCUCCACAGCACGUGACGCACGUGACGCACACGCACCUCUUUGAUCCGCGCGUGCGUGUAUGCGCGCAGUUGCUGCUUUCGGUGGGUCUCUGCUCUGCGCGGGUCUGUGGAUGUGACCUGGCCCUCUCCUCCAACAAGCGGUGGACACGCGGGGGACACGCGGCAGGACACGAUGGACGCUCCAUGACGCGCGGCAGUUGCAAUAUGUCCGCGACAAACGCGGCAGACGCGGCAGACACGACAGAAACGGCAGACGCGGUUAGGAGCGUCGUCCUGGUGAAGAAACUGAACCUGCGUGAGGAGUCCACGUUCGGUUACCAUGGUUACGGCCGUCCCAGUGUGUAUCACGCCAUCGUGGUCAUCUUCUUUGAAUUCUUUGCCUGGGGCCUCCUGACCACCCCCAUGCUGACCGUUCUUCAUGAGACAUUUCCACAGCACACGUUCCUCAUGAAUGGACUCAUCCAGGGAGUCAAGGGCCUGUUGUCCUUCCUGUCGGCUCCUCUGAUUGGUUCCCUGUCGGACGUUUGGGGCAGACGCACGUUCUUAUUGGUCACAGUGUUCUUCACCUGCGCCCCCAUCCCCCUGAUGCGCCUCAGCCCCUGGUGGUACUUUGCCAUGAUAUCCAUGUCCGGAGCCUUCUCAGUCACGUUCUCUGUGAUCUUCGCGUACGUGGCCGACGUGACGGACGAGUGCGAGAGAAGCUCCGCCUACGGCCUGGUGUCUGCUACCUUUGCUGCCUCCCUGGUAACCAGCCCUGCCCUGGGAGCCUACCUGUCUGCAUGGUACGGGGACAGUCUGGUUGUGGUCCUGGCCUCAGCCAUCGCUCUGGCAGAUCUACUCUUCAUCCUCCUCUUCGUCCCCGAGUCUCUGCCGGACCAGAGGCUGUGGGGGCGGGGCGUCCGCUGGGACCAGGCCGACCCAUUCCAGUCUCUGCGUCGUGUGGGGCAGGACCCCACAGUCCUCCUGAUCUGUGUGACGGUCUUCUUGUCGUAUUUACCUGAAGCCGGACAGUAUUCCAGCUUCUUCCUCUAUUUAAGACAGGUGUUGAACUUCUCGUCCACAACUAUCGCCGUCUUCAUCGGAGUCGUGGGGAUUCUGUCCAUCGUGGCUCAGACGCUGCUCCUCACGUUGCUGAUGAGAACUUUGGGGAACAAGAACACGGUUCUCCUGGGUCUGGGGUUCCAGAUGCUGCAGUUAGCCUGGUACGGGUUAGCGACCGAGCCCUGGAUGAUCUGGGCAGCAGGAGCAGUGGCUGCGAUGUCGUCCAUCACGUUUCCUGCAGUUUCUGCUCUGGUCUCUCAGUCUGCAGACGCCGACCAACAAGGUCUGGUCCAGGGCAUGGUCACUGGGAUCCGAGGUCUCUGUAAUGGUCUCGGUCCAGCUAUUUAUGGUUUCGUCUUCUUUAUGUUUAACGUUGAACUGACCUCCAUCGACCCAAUCACAGAGAAGUACGACCUGGAGCUGACCCCGCCCACCGAGCGCACCCUGGUUCCUGGCCCGCCCUUCCUCUUUGGCUCCGCCUCCGUUGCUGUGGCGUUCGUUGUGGCGUUCUUCAUCCCGGACAAAUCCAAGAUGCCGGCGGAAAUGUCACUCACGCAGAAGCCCCGCCCCGUCAGCAAACACUCCCUCUCCUCAUUGGCCGGCGUCCACAUCAAUACGCCCCUACCAGGAAGUGAUGAGGAAGCCCCUCCCACCGCCGCAGCCAAUCAGGAGGACUCAGAGCCGCUGCUACAGGACACAGUCGUCUGA